AACACUUUCUUAUCAUGCUUAGUCUUGUUUACAACUUCUGAAAAGCAGAGAGUACCAAACCUGGUUUUAGACCAAAAGCUCAGGACCAACCGUUCUUGUUCCAGGAGCUCUUGAAGCCGGUUUGGCCACUCCUCAGGCAUUCUCUUUGAGGACAUUAUUUUGAACUGCUAACCUAGAUACAAGCUCUACAUAAAAGAGACAUACAAGACGGAUUCUUCACAAAUCAAAGCAUCAUGGAGCAUAGCUCAAGGCCGGGCGAGAAGUUAAACCUCAUGAAUGGUGCCCUAGUGCAGGCCAGACCUAAACCCCAGGCAAGAGAGCAGUGGUCUAAUAAACUGGAGUUUCUCUUGGCGGUGGCAGGGCACAUUAUUGGCCUGGGAAAUGUGUGGAGAUUUCCUUACUUGUGCUAUAAGAAUGGAGGGGGGGCGUUUUUUGUGCCGUAUGUGCUGUUUCUCUUCACCUGUGGGAUUCCGCUUUUCUUUUUGGAGACCUCACUUGGUCAGUUCACCAGUCAGGGUGGAAUUACGUGCUGGAGGAAGAUCUGUCCGCUGUUUGAAGGUCUCGGUUAUGGGAGCCAAGUCGUUGUCCUCUAUACGGGAGUCUAUUACAUCAUAAUUCUUGCUUGGGCUUUCCUUUACCUCUUUUCAUCCUUCAGUUCAGAGCUGCCAUGGGCAAGCUGCAACAACUACUGGAACACAGAGAACUGCAAAGAGUUCAGCAAAAGCAACAUCACUGAGUAUUCUUCAGAGAAAAACACAUCUCCUGUUAUCGAGUUUUGGGAGAGAAGAAUUUUGGGCUUGUCUGGGGGAAUAGAACAGAUUGGUAAUGUUAGAUGGGACUUGGCACUCUGCCUCCUGCUGGCCUGGAUCAUCUGCUACUUCUGUGUGUGGAAGGGAGUGAAGUCCACAGGCAAGGUGGUCUACUUUACUGCUACUUUCCCUUAUUUAAUGCUGGUAGUGCUGCUGAUCCGUGGACUUACUCUUCCUGGAGCAAAAAAUGGCAUCAUAUUCUACCUCUAUCCCGAUCCGACACGUCUCACAGACCCACAGGUGUGGAUGGAUGCAGGUAGCCAGAUAUUUUACUCCUAUGGAGUUUGUACAGGAGUACUGACUGCUCUGGGAAGCUACAACAAAUAUGAGAACAACUGCUACAGAGACUGUGUAUACUUGUGUCUGCUCAACAGCUUAACUAGCUUUGUGGCUGGUUUUGCUAUAUUUUCGGUUCUGGGUUUCAUGGCAGAUGAACAGGGAAUGGAUAUUUCAAUGGUUGCAGAGUCAGGUCCUGGUUUGGCUUUCAUUGCUUACCCCCGUGCUGUAGCUUUGAUGCCCCUGCCUCAGUUAUGGGCAAUCUUCUUCUUCAUCAUGAUCGUAUUCCUGGGAUUGGAUAGUGAGUUUGUGUAUCAUGAAGCCCUGGUGACGGCUAUCUCGGAUAUGUAUCCUUCCUUCUUCCAAGUUGGACAUCGGCGGAAAUUUCUUCUUCUCUUCAUAAGUGCUGCCAGCUUCCUUGUUGGUCUGCUAAUGGUAACCGAGGGUGGCCUGUAUGUCUUCCAGCUUUUUGACUAUUACGCGUGUAGUGGAAUGACUCUUCUUACUUUUGCUAUCCUUCAGUCCAUCUGUGUUGGAUGGGUAUAUGGUGCAGACCGCCUUUAUGAUAGCAUUGAGGAUAUGAUUGGAUACCGGCCCUGGCCUUUCAUGAAGUGUUGCUGGAAAUAUCUAACACCUGCGAUAUGUACAGGAACAUUUAUCUUCUCCUUGGUUAAAUACACCCCUCUGAAGUUCAACAAUAUGUAUGAGUACCCCUGGUGGGGUUAUGCGAUUGGAGGCUUCUUCACCCUUUCUUCCACCCUACUAGUUCCACUGUGGAUGAUUUAUUUGGUAGGCACCACUCCAGGGUCUAUGCGACAGAGAGUAAGAGCCUUGUGUACUCCUGCUAAUGACCUGCCAGAUCCUAAACGUCCAAAACAGACGCUAAACACCGUUACUUUUGAUACCUUCACAGACCUAUCGACUUUAAAAACAGUUCAUACACCAAGCUCAUUACCUCACAGAGACAUUGUCUGAACGUCCAGCAUUUCAACCUUGUAUUUGUCCUCCUGUCAUCCAUUAGCAUUUGAUUGGCAUUGUGAUGCACGAGUGCCGUAAACAACAUAGACAGUGAGGGGUAAAAAAACAAAACACCCCGAUAAUAAGAAAAUGUUUAGAAAAACGGGCUACAUUGUCCCCUUCCCAGAAUUUAUAAAUUGUUUGUUGUUUGGAUGACAAAAAUAAUUUUUUGUAACUUUAAAAGUUACAUUUUAAGCUUGUCUGCCUCAGUGUUCAACAGCACUUGACAGUGUUAAAAUGACUGAGAUGUCUAAUUAAUUCAAAGUA